AUGAGUAUUUUUGCUAACGUACAAUUAAAUUGAAGUUAGGUUGUCGUUUUCCAUGUUUAGAUUGUUUAGGAAAAGGGGAAGAAGAUUGUUUAAGUUGUUAAAAUUAAAUGAUUUUAUAAGGAAAUAAAUGCAAAUGUGGAGAGCAUUAAUUUUUCAAUUAUGUAAACUUCGUAUGUGAAGGUAUAAAUAAAACUAUUUUGAUAUAGAUUGUCAUCCUACUUGUUAAGAAUGUUUUGGAUCUUUGGAUUCAAAUUGUGUAAAAUGUAAAGAAGAUAAGAAAACAGUAUUGGAAUCUAAUAUUUGUAUUUGUAAGGAUGGUUACUACAGAUCAAAUAUCGACUAUGAUUGUUACUGUAAAAAUAUUGAUUAUAAUAUAGUAUGCCAUCUUAAUUGUAAAACAUGUUCAGGACCAGGUGAUAAUGAAUGUUUAAGUUGUGAUAAUAAUAACAAAAUAGGUAAUUCUUGUAGUUGUGUAAUUGGAUAUUAUACAUAAUUGAUAUCUACAUUUAAAUAAUGUUGGAGUAAGAAUGAUAAAAUAGUUAAUUAGAAUGCCAUUCAAUUUGUGCAAGUUGUGAUGGUUAAGGAGAGUUUAAUUGCUUAACUUGCCAUUCAAAUGCUACAUUAUAAGUUAGUUCUUAAAUGUGUAUAUGCAAUUCAGGAUAUGUUUGGAAUGGUGAUAUGUGUGUUUAAUGUGAUAGUAUAUGUUCAGGAAUGUGUAGAUACAACAGUAGUAAUUGUUGUAUAGCACCAUGUGCAUGUAUAAAAAUAAAAUAGAUUAGAUUGUCUUAAUCCUCAGUGUUCAGAUUGUGAUGCUUCAUUAGUAUGUACAAUAUGUCCAGCAGGAAAGAGUGGAGUAAAUUGUGACAUAUCUUGUGAUGCUAAUUGUAAAACUUGUGAUAUUUCUUCACCAAAUACAUGUACGUCUUGUGAUACCCCUAAAAUCUUAAAUAGUGGAUUAUGUGAUUGUCCUACUGGAUAAGUAUUAUAAAUAACUUCAUGUGUGAAUGGAAGUAAAUAAUUAAAUUAAUUAAUUAGGUUGUCCUUCUACUUGUACUAGUACUGGCUGCAUUGAUGGAUAUUAUGGAUAUAAUUGUGCUUCCACUUGUCAUUCAAGUUGCAGAAAAUGUUAUGGUGGAAGCGAUUAAGAGUGUAAUAAAUGUUAAAAUAAUGCUUAUGUUGGUUCUAAUAAUAAAUGCUAAUGCUUUUUUGGAUAUUAUAUGGAUGCGACAUUUAAUUGCUUCAAGUGUCAUUACACAUGUAGAGAAUGUUCAAGUUAUACACAAUGCACAAAUUGUGAAAAUAGUUUUAGAUUGUUAAAUUUGUCGCUUAAUGAAUGUGAAUGUAUCUCUGGUUACUAUGAUUAUGGAGUUCGUCUUUGUUAACAAAAUUGUGGUUUGUUUUGUGGCAGUUGUAAUGAGUUACAUCCAGGUUAUCAAUGUUAAGCUUGUGCAUUAAAUAAUACCUAUAGAAAUAAUGAUUUGGCUAAUAACUGUCCUUGUUAAGCAGGAUAUUUUGAUAAUGGUACCUAAAUUUGUGAAUGUAAUUUUAAUAUUAAUUUAGAAUGCAAUUAUAAGUGUUCUACAUGUGACAAUUCUAUUUCAUGUAUUUAGUGUGAGAGUAAUAGAGAUCUAAUAAAUGAUUGCAAUUGUGAUUCUGGGUAUGAAGAACAAUCUCAAAAUUGCGUAGUUAUUUCACCAUCAUCAGUUAAUAUAAUUGGAAUCAAUUAUGAUUCUAUUAUUAUGUAAGAAUAUUUGAGUGAAAAUUGUCAACUUACUAAUUUUGCUGAUAAAGUUAAAUGUGAAUGUUUAGAUGGUUAUUUUAUGAAGAACUCUAAAUGUCUACGUAUAAGUCUUAUAUAAUAUUAGCAUGCCAUAGAAAUUGUAAGACCUGUUCUAUAUUCUCAACUAAUUGUCUUGAAUGUUCUUUUAAUAUGAUCAAUCCUCCAACAUGUUCUUGUGUUAAUGGAUAUUAACUUAUUGAUGAAGUAUGUAUAUCUUGUGAAUACUAAUGCUUAUUCUGUUCAAAUAAUGUAUGCACUACUUGUAUAUCACCUUUGAUUCUUGAUGAUGAUAAUACCUGUUAAUGUUCUACUGGAUAUUAUCUUGAUCCAAUUUCAAAAUUAUGUAAUAAUUGUCAAAUUCAAUGCAAUAAAUGCAAAUAUUAAUCAGAUUAUUGCAUAUAAUGUAAUUUUAAUAGAAUACUCCCUUAUAAAUGUAUUUGUCCUUAAGGUACUUAUGAAUUAUCCUUAUCUUAACCAUGUUAAAAUUGUUCAAAAAGAUGUUUUACUUGUGAAAUAGAUUCAAAUAAUUGUACAACAUGUGCCACUCUUAGAAUCAAUCUACCAAGUUGCUAAUGUAAAGAUGGAUAUUUUGAGGAUUCUUAUCUAAAUUGUCUAAAAUGUCAUAAGAAAUGUAAAACUUGUUAAAUUAGUUCAAAUAAUUGUCUUGAAUGCUCCAUAUAUAGAUCAAAUAGUUAAUGUCAAUGCAUUGAUGGCUAUUAUGAAAAUAAUAAUGAUGUUUGUAUUUAAUGUCACAAGAAUUGUAAGACAUGUUAUGGAGCUGAUGAGUAUAAUUGUUUUACUUGUGAUCAAACUCGUAAUUUUAUAUUAUCUAAUUCUACCUGUAUUUGUUAAAAAGGAUAUUAUUAUGAAAAUAAUUAAUGUCUUCCUUGUAUUUUUGACAUCAUCUCAUGUCAAACUAAUUAUUGUGGUGAUGGUAUUAAAUAACCAUAAGAAAAAUGUGAUGAUUGGAAUAUUCUUAAUAGAGAUGGCUGUAAUUCAAAAUGUCAAAUUGAAGAUGGAUACACAUGUACAUUAAUUUAAAAUCUCUAAUUAAGUACUCUCAUAUAUUAUUCAUAAUGUACAUAAUGCACAGAUGUUAAUUGCAAAUCUUGUAUUGAUCUGAAAAUAUGUUCAAUAUGUAAAGAAGGAUACUUUUUAGAUGACAAUCAAUGUCAUCCUUGUGAGUAAAGUUAUUAAAUAUAUAUUUUAAUAGUCAUCGUUGUAAAGAAUGUACUGGACCUUCCAAAACAUAGUGUAAAUCCUGUUUAUUCGAUAUUUUCUCAUCAGACAAUUGUUUAUUAUGUGAAGAUACUCCAGGAUUGUAUCUCUAAGAUGAAAAAUGCAUUUCUAUUUGUGGAGAUGGUAUUAUCAUAAGAUUUACAGAAUAAUGCGAUGAUGGUAAUAAUUUUGAUGGGGAUGGUUGUUCUUCUAUUUGUAAAAAUGAAUAAUCAUGGCUUUGCAACUCAAAUAAUCAUACUGAAAGCAAAUGUUAUAUUACUGAUUCUCCUUAGGCUAAAAUCUCUUUUUAAAAUCCUUCAAACAUUUAUCAAUCUAGUAGAUAAGGAGUAAUUUAAUUUAAUAAAAUUAUGAAUAUAGAUUUAUUCUAAGGACAAUAACUAUGGAUCUAAUAAAUUAAAAAUAUUAAUUUGCUCAAUUAUUUUAUUGAAUUUAAACAAAUUAGUAUUGUUGAUAAUUCUUAUUCUCAAAUUAAUUUUAGUAUUAAUUUCUAUCAAACUUCUUAAAAUAUGAUAUAUUAAAUCAAUUUUACAGAAUAUUUACCAUAUGAUUAGGAAGGAUAGCAAUUAACAUCUAAAUUUUUAGAAUAUUCAAUUGAAGAUUUUUAUAAAGUUACCGAAUUGUAAAUUACUACAGCAGCAACUUCAAAAAAAAUCAUUUAUUGCUUUUUGGCUGCCUUAGGUGGUGCUGCUUUCCUUGGAUUAUUUUUAUAGAGUCUUGAAUUUUAUUGGAAUACACUCGAUAUGCUCUAAGUAUUUUCAUAUUUAUCCUAUAUUAAUGUAAAAUUUCCAUAUUUGCAUCUUGAAUUUUUAUCCAUAUUUCAAUUUUCUUAAUUUGACUUUUUAAAUAAUUUAAUUCCUUCUAUUUUUAUUCAAUUAGGAGAAAAUGAAGUUUAACAUAACUAUCCAUUAUUAAUUGAAAGAGAUGUUCAAGAAAAUCUCUUUUUUAAUCUCAGUUCAAUUAUGGUAUCUUAUGUUAUACCUGUAGCUAUUUUUUUAGGAUCAAAACUUAUUACUAAAUUAAAUUAUAAUGUCUUACUUAAUAAAAUUUUAAUAUCUAAUUCAACUAAUUUAGGACCGUGUUAAAUUAAAUUUUAUAUUUAUUAAUUAAUCUAUUAUGCUAAUAAAGCUGCAAAUAUUUAUGAAAAUAGUUUUUUAUUUUAAAUCAUAUUAAGAGUUUAUAUUUCUAGUUUAUUUGAUUUAAAUUUUGGUAUAUUCACUACUGUAUACUGUUGGACUUAACAUAAAUAAAUUACUCAAAAUGAUAAUCUUUAGUAUUUAUUUGCUAACAUUUUAAUCAUCAUUUAAAUAUUGAUAAUUAUUGUUUCAUGUAAUUCUAUGUUAAUCAGAAGAUUUCAAUUUAAAUCCUUGUAAUUUAAAUAAAAAUAUGGAUCUUUAUUUGAUGGGUUUUAGAUUGAUAGUAUUCAUAAUAGAUAGGCAGCUUUCUUCUAAUUAUUCAAGAAGAUUCUAUUUAUGGCAUCAUUAUUGGUAUUUUUCAAUGAACCUUUAUACUAAAUUGGUCUUUUAACAACACUUUAAAUGACCUCUGCUAUUAUAUCAAUAUAUCUUUAACCUAAUGUAAAUAAUUUGGAAAUAUCAAAAGCUAUCAUUCAAGAUCUUGGAAUUUUGAUUUCUCUUAAUUUUAUUACAGUCUAUUAUGUUUAAGAUAAUUUUAAUUACUUUUCAUAAGAUACUAUUGAAUUUAUCUCUUAUUUCCACAUUGGAAUAUACAUUCUUAUGCUGAUAUUACAAAUCAUUAUCGAUUGCUAUUAGUAAAUAAAAUUACUUUUAGAAAAAUAUCCUAAUUUAAAAAAAUGCUCAACAAAAAAGGAUGAUACAAAUAUCAAAUCAUGUAACUCAAAUUAUUAUGUAAGAUAAUAAUUUAUUAUUAUAUAACCUACUUAAAGACCACCCAGGUUCAUUCCAUGA